AUGGUGGGUUCCCGCCGUCCUUCCGGCUCGGCGCUGGCUGGGGGAGCCCGCCCUCCGGCGGGAGAGUGGACCCUUGUGCUGGACGUCCGCCGGGGUGAGCCCAGUCUCGGAGGCGAGGUGGCUCGGCGCGUUCGUGGUCUUGGCUGGCUUGAGAGCCUUGACCUGGAAGAGCCUGGCCGAGGAGGCCCGCGCCCCUGCCCGCGGUGGCGGCUUCGUUCGUCUUCCUCCGAAGGGCUGUCUGUGCCCGCCUUCUUUGUUGGCGGCUGGAGAUGUCAGCGUCGCCUGCUUCCCGCCUCUCCGAGCGGGCGUGCGCCCAGCAUCACCCACCGAGAGCAGUGCAGGAAGCCAGGGGACGGCAGCCAUGCUUCAGACAGCGUGGUCCCAGGAUUGAAACCAUUCUGUGGCUUGAGCCAGCCAGACUACAUCCCCCGGAGGAGCUACCGAAUGGGGGCGCUGCAGGACCCGAGCCUCCGGCCAGCAGUUCUGUCCUUUGCCAUCUCCCAAAUGUCACAUCUCAGGACCUGGAGGGCAGUGUGCGAAGCAGAGACGCCUGCCAUGCUCCAGAUCACCUGGCGCCCGGGCUGGAGCAAGAACCUCUUGUUUCAGGAGCCCGUGACCUUUGAGGAUGUGGCCGUGUACUUCACCCAGAAUGAAUGGGUCAGCCUGGAUCCUGUGCAGAGGGCCUUGUACAGGGAGGUGAUGCUGGAGAAUUAUGCAAAUGUGGCUUCCCUGGGCGGGGAGACCAGAACUGACAAGGAAGAAUCAAUGCCAAAAGAACACAUUUCCAAAGAAGCAGAGUCCCACGGACUGACAUUAGGAGAGCUGCCAGGGAAUGUUCCCCAGCACCUUGGCUUCAGGAGCCGCCUAGAACAGCACAGCCAUGGGAUGAUUAAGAGGACAAAGUCAAAGAGGAGAGAUUUCACAGAUGGGUCAACCAGGCAUCAGGAGGCCUGUGCUGUGGAGAGCGGGGAGAAGUGUGAGAAACUGGGAAAAUACAUUAGUGUUAGCACACAACUCACUACGAAUCAGACAGUUUCUAGCGGUCAGCUAUCUUAUAAGUGUGAAAAAUGUGACAGAUGCUUCAUUCGGAUGGCAGACUUCCACAGACAUCAGAGAUGUCACACUGGUGAAAAGUCUUUUGAAUGCAAAGAAUGCGGAAAAUACUUUGGAUAUAAUUCCUUACUUAUCCGGCAUCAGGUAAUCCACACUGGGAAGAAACCAUUUAAAUGCAAAGAAUGUGGGAAAGGUCUCAGUUCAGAUAUGGCCUUGAUUCAGCAUCAGAGAACCCACACUGGAGAAAAGCCCUAUGAGUGUCGGGAGUGUGGCAAGGCCUUCAGCUGCAGCUCCGUCUUCCUCCAGCAGCAGAGGUUCCACACUGGGGAGAAGCUCCAUGAGUGUGACGAAUGUUGGAAAACUUUCAGCUGUAGCUCAAGUUUCAUCGUCCAUCAGCGAAUGCACACUGGGGAGAAACCCUACGAAUGUAAGGAGUGUGGGAAACGAUUAAGCUCCAACACGGCCCUGACUCAGCAUCAGCGGAUCCACACUGGGGAGAAACCUUUUGAAUGUAAGGAGUGUGGGAAGGCCUUCAAUCAGAAAAUCACCCUGGUUCAGCAUGAGCGUGUCCACACUGGUGAGAAACCUUACGAGUGUAAGGUGUGUGGGAAAACCUUUAGCUGGUGUGGAAGUUUCAUCCUGCAUCAGAAACUCCACGUGCAGAAGACAUCUAUCCAAGAGUAGCACUCUCCACAGCUAAGCUCACAGUGCCUCUUCUUGUUUCUCCCCAUCUUCAUGCUUUUGAUCAAUGUCAUCACUGCCUUUUCUGAACUGUGCUAAUUCUAUUUAUUUAUUUAUUUAUUUAUUUAUUUAUGGCUG